CGAGCCCGUGGGCAGUGGGGGUUGGUCCCGUGGCUCCGGCCCCCGGUGCAGAAUGGCGGCGGCGGUUCGGAUGAACAUCCAGAUGCUGCUGGAGGCGGCUGACUACCUGGAGCGGCGGGAGAGAGAAGCUGAACAUGGUUAUGCCUCCAUGUUACCAUACAAUAACAAGGACAGAGAUGCCUUAAAACGGAGGAACAAAUCCAAGAAGAAUAACAGCAGUAGCAGAUCAACUCACAAUGAAAUGGAGAAGAAUAGGCGGGCCCAUCUUCGCUUGUGCCUGGAGAAGUUGAAGGGGCUGGUUCCGCUUGGGCCCGAGUCGAACCGACACACUACGUUGAGUUUGUUGACAAAAGCCAAAUUGCACAUAAAGAAACUUGAAGAUUGUGACAGAAAAGCCAUUCACCAAAUAGACCAGCUUCAGCGAGAGCAGCGGCACCUGAAGCGGCAGCUGGAGAAGCUGGGCAUCGAGAGGAUACGGAUGGACAGCAUUGGCUCCACGGUCUCCUCGGAGCGCUCGGACUCCGACAGGGAAGAGAUCGACGUGGACGUUGAAAGCACAGACUAUCUCACGGGUGACUUGGACUGGAGCAGCAGCAGCGUGAGCGACUCGGACGAGCGGGGCAGCAUGCAGAGCCUGGGCAGUGACGAGGGCUACUCCAGCUCCAGCAUGAAGAGAAUAAAGCUCCAGGACAAUCACAAGACGUGUCUGGGCCUCUGAGAGCGCAGGGUCGCCGCGGCUGCCUCCCGGAGGGCUCUGCCGGCCGAGCGGAUUAGGUAGCGUAUCAGACCCAACCCACAGUCCCCUUGCACGUCAGCCUCCGUGUACCACCUGUACCAGAACCAGCUCUGUAAACGUUUUCCAGGAAGUGCUUAGGAUGGUGGGUUUCUGAUUGCAUCCACUAGUUUCUCUUUCUCUCCAUAAAAAUCCGUCUGCCAGACUGUACAUUCCAAUCACUCUGAAGCACCCAAGAAUUCUCAGACCGAAUAAGCAACUUUCACCACCCAGCACUCUCCCCCACCUUAUUUACUGUCCCCGGGUAGUCUAGCAUACCUGUCUUAAAGUUUUCUGGCUAUGUUACUCACCUAGCAGGAAUGUCCGAAUGUGUCUUGUGCUUAGGAAAUGGAAGGAAACAAACUUUUAAAGUUGAGAUCCUGAUCUCAGAACUCCACAGUAAGCUUUGAAAGCGGCAUUUAAGAGCACUUCACCGUGGACCUCACCCCAGUGAGGAGUCAGGAACACCUCCAGAAAACACACCCUUCACCCACCCCCCCUUGCUCACCCUG